AUGGGAUCACCAUUCAAGCCCAUCUCAUGCACCAGAAAAACCUCAUAUAGAAUAGAAACCAAUAACAUAUCAUACAAGUUGUGCAGCCAACUUGAUGAAUAUACAAGUCUUUGUUUUGGUUUGAAUCCUAGGAGAGGUGCAAAGAUCAUUUUGAAGGAUAUAACAUGUGAGGCAAGGCCAGGGGAGUUAACAGCUAUUGCUGGUCCCAGUGGAGCUGGAAAAAGCACACUGCUUGAGAUUCUUGCAGGGAGAAUACCCCCAUGUAAGGUGUCAGGGCAAGUGCUUGUCAAUCAUAGACCUAUGGAUGUGAACCGGUUUCGAAGAUCAUCCGGGUAUGUCACACAGGAAGAUGCUUUGUUUCCAUCACUUACAGUUAGAGAGACACUCAUGUAUAGUGCUAUGCUGAGGCUUCCUGGGGAAAGAAAAGUGGCUGCCAUCAGAGUUGCAGAGUUGAUGAAGGAGCUUGGGUUGGACCAUAUUGCAGAUUCAAGAAUUGGUGGUGGAUCAGACCAUGGCAUAUCAGGUGGGGAAAGGCGUAGAGUUUCCAUUGGUGUUGACUUAGUUCAUGACCCUGCAGUUAUUAUGAUUGAUGAGCCAACUUCAGGGUUGGAUUCAGCAUCAGCUCUUAAUGUAGUCUCAUUGCUUAGACUAAUGGCAUUUAAUCAAGGUAAGACAAUUAUUUUAACUAUCCACCAACCUGGUUUCCGAAUCUUAGAGCUAUUUGAUGGCCUCAUUUUGCUGUCUGAUGGAUUUGUCAUGCAUAAUGGGUCAUUGAAUCUUCUUGAGGCUAGGCUCAAUUUAGCUGGGCAUCACAUUCCUGACCAUGUCAAUGUCCUCGAAUUUGCUCUUGAUGUCAUGGAUAGCUUAGGUAUACAUACUUCGGAAUCACGAAACAACCAAUUUCUUCUUAAAGACAAAGAGAAUCAAGAUCAUAAGAUGAGGAUGCUGUACUCCAAGAUUGUCAAAGAAAAGGCACUUGUGUACUCAAAUACUCCAUUGGAGGAGAUUUUAAUCCUAGGACAAAGAUUUUGCAGCAACAUAUUCAGAACCAAGCAACUCUUUGUCACCAGGGUCAUACAGGCCUUAGUAGCUGGUUUUGUACUGGGAACCAUAUUUUUGAAUGUUGGUAGCCAACAAAGUCAAGUGGCAUUGCAAACAAGAAGUGGCUUCUUUGCUUUCAGCCUUACCUUUUUGUUAUCAUCAACAACAGAAGGCCUACCUAUUUUCUUGGAGGAGAGAAGAACUUUCAUGAGAGAGACCUCAAGAGGAGCUUAUAGAGUUUCUUCCUAUGUUCUAGCAAAUACCCUUGUGUUUGUUCCUUUCCUUCUAUUGGUUGGUCUCCUGUACACUACUCCAGUUUAUUGGCUGGUAGGAUUAAGGAAAAGUAUUGAUGGUUUCUUUUACUUCUCCUUAGUGGUUUGGUUGGUCUUACUCAUGUCAAAUUCUCUUGUGGCUUGUUUCAGCGCUCUAGUGCCAAAUUUCAUCUUGGGAACCUCAGUGAUUGCAGGUUUAAUGGGGUCUUUCUUUCUAUUUUCAGGGUAUUUCAUAUCAAAGGAAAAAAUACCCUGUUACUGGAUUUUUAUGCACUAUUUGAGCCUAUUCAAGUACCCAUUUGAGUGCCUUAUGAUAAAUGAGUAUGGGGGAGAGCAAGGGGAAAGAAGAUGCAUAGAAAUUAGCAAUGGAAAAUGCAUAUUAUAUGGAGUUGAGUUCUUAAAACAACAGGGUCUGAAAGAGUCACAAAAAUGGACCAAUUUAGUUGUAAUGUUGGGCUUCAUAGUGGGGUACAGAGUGCUUAGCUUUUUUAUUCUUUGGUUCAGAUGUUACAGAACCAGAAAAUAG